AUGGAGCUCUUCCAAGGGGAGGAGCCGGCCCAUGAUUUCCUCUCGCUCCGCGCCGGGGGCUCGUCAGCGUUCCAGCACGGGCAGCGCUCCGGCCAGCAAGGCCUGAAGUCGCUUGAACCAUCUAACGGCGCAGGGAAUGCCGGUGAUGGCGCGGCCAGUUCAGCGCCAGGUUUGGGGGAGCAUGUGCUGCCAGGCGGCGUCGGGACCUUCAGCAUCAGGCAAGUGCCUGACGCUCAGCGCAGGGAAGAGGCUGGCAUCGGCAGGGAACCGUCCGUUUCGGUGUCUCAUGGCUCGAGAAUGGAGAUUGCGCAUGAAGCACGGUCCGGAAUUAUGGUUCGUAGUGCUCCACCCACACCCACAAUGUGGCAAGAUUCUAGCACCGACAAUAAGAGAUCUAGAGGGUCGAGAGCAGAGGGGAGAAGCAGCGGCAGCAGUGCCGAUCAGGAUCCCAGUAGCCCGAGAUCGAAGCAUUCCGCUACUGAGCAGCGACGGAGGACCAAGAUAAAUGACAGGCUUGACAUACUCCGAGACCUCCUGCCCAACUGUGAUCAGAAGAGGGAUAAAGCUUCUUUCCUUCUCGAGGUUAUUGAAUACAUAAGGCUCUUGCAAGAGAAAUGCCAAAAAUAUGAGUCAGGCAUUCCUGAACAGAACAACGUCGAUGCCAACUGCAUGCCAUGGGACAAAGUGUACUACAGAUCACGUUGGAGGAACACACAGAACAUCAGUCAAGCCCAAGGAGGAGGCUUAUCAGCUACCACAGAGGACAUGAACAAAGAGCAAUACAGUUCCAAAGGCAUUGCAAGUGCACCUGCCGCUUCUCUCUUCAACACACAAAGCGCAAGAGAAAUCAGCACAGCCCCUGGUUCCUCCCAGAACAUAGCAGAGAACAGUAUGCCUACCAAUCAGCUACCGUGGCUAAGUAUGUCAACCAUGAACCAAAACUGUGAUGCAAGCAACGGACUGCUAAGCAAGCAUGAUACACAAAUGCCGCAAGAUGACAGCCAGAGUCUUUCUAGUGCUUACUCCCAAGGGUUGUUACAUAAACUGAAAGAAGCUCUACAGAAGUCGGGAGUAGACCCAUCUCAAACUAAAAUAUCCGUAGAGAUCAAUAUGGAUAGACGGGCCAGAGCCAAUGCUCAUAUACAUGACAGUUCAAAGGCUACCGAAGGCAAGGAACCUGUCCAUGUUGCCAAGAGGCUCCGGUGCGACUGA